CUUGACCUUUUUUGGCACCGGAGGCGUAUGAGGAAGUAGAAUGAGGAAGUUGUUCGCCCACAGAAGACUUUCAACUUGUCACGACGAACAAGUACUUUUAGUGGGAAGUUAGCUACUUCUCUGCCGUGUUCUUGAAGUGUACUGAGAAGGGAGAAGCUACUGUUGGACUCCCUUGGCCAAAGAAGGAAAUCAUGGGGUGGAAAGAAGGAGUUAUCCCGCUGUUUUGUGUCGCCUGGCUCGGUCUAAUCAACGGUGUCGUAGGCACAACCCCGCCGCAGGACUGUGCGGACCUGUUCGCCGCCGGGACCCGUCAGAGCGGGACCUACACAGUCGGCGAGCCCAGUCCGUACCGGGUCUACUGUGACAUGAGCUUCCUGGGCGGCGGGUGGACCGUCCUUCAGCGCCGGCAAGACGGAUCCGUGGACUUCGCUAAGAACUGGGCUGACUACCAGCAAGGGUUCGGCGACCUGACCGGAGAGUUUUGGUUAGGGCUGGACAACAUUCACACACUAACAACGGUAAAGAGUAACAACAUUCUACAGAUUGAGCUGGAAGAUUUUGAUGGCGGUAGGAGGUACGCGCGGUACGGCAUGUUUUCAGUCGGGGACGAGAGCGGGAAUUAUGUAGUGUCCAUCUCUGGGUACAGUGGAGACGCAGGCAACAGCCUCACCAACACUGGCAAUAGAGGAAGAAGCAACAUAAACGGCAGAAUGUUCUCUACCAUAGAUCGAGAUAAUGACGGAAACACCGGAACGGAUUGUGCCUCUGUAUUCAGUAAUGGUGGGUGGUGGUAUCCACUUGGUUGUGGACAGUCGUUCUUGAACGGACGGUAUAACUGUCAUCAGAGUUCUGUCAACUGUGGUAAUUCACAGGGAGUCGUCUGGUCGAGUUGGGGAGGUGCAAGCUACUUCUUAAAGAAAACAACCAUCAUGAUCAGGCCUGCUGACUUUACAGGGUCAAAUGUCCCCGACGACUGUGCCGACCUCUACGAAGCUGGGAUCAUAGAAAGUGGAGUCAACGCCGUCAGCGAUCCCCGCGCCUUCGUCUACUGCGACAUGAUGAAGUCAGGCGGCGGGUGGACCGUGUUCCAGCGCCGCCAGGACGGGUCCGUGGACUUCGCUAAGAACUGGGCAGACUACCGGCAAGGUUUCGGCGACCUGACAGGAGAACACUGGCUUGGACUGAACAAGCAGAACCAAAUUACGGUACAGAAGACGUACAGUUUGCGGGUAGAUUUGGAAGAUUGGGAAAGUCAAUUUAGAUAUGCCACGUACAGUAACUUCGGUGUUGGAAGCAGCAGUACGGACUAUCAGGUCAGCAUCAGUGGCUACUCUGGUGAUGCCGGAGACAGUCUCACAAGCGGUGGCAGUCGUUUUAACAUCAAUGGUAUAAGGUUCACGACAUCAGACGACAACAAUGGGCCCAAUAGUAAUAACUGUGCAAGUAGCUUUGGUGGAGGUGGAUGGUGGUUUCCAGAUAGCUGCGGGUAUGCCCUCCUGAACGGGCGGUACAACGACUCGGGAAGUGCACAGGGGGUUAACUGGCAAAAAUGGAGAGGUUACGGGUACUCUCUAAAGAUGUCGUCACUGAAAGUAAGGCCAGCAAGCUUUUCGGUUCCAAGCCAACCAUUGAAUGUUGAAGUAAACAACGUGGGAAACUGCGCCUGCCUAUCUGGUAGGAUAACAGAUAAAGCCUCGGUGACAGUCAGUUGGGGCCAACCAGCAUCACCCAAUGGACAGAUUGUGGGAUACCACCUCUCCUACAGCACAGACGGCCAAAGUGAAACGCUUCAGACAUUUACUACAAAUGACGUUACACAGCAAAUCAACAACCUUCAGUUGCAAUCAAAAUACACUCUAACGGUUACUGCUUAUAAUUCCCUUUUCAAUGGGACUGGAAGUGAAGUUGCGACUAUGACGACGAACGAAGGCUCUCCGCCCCCUCCUCUUAUGAUUCCUGAAGUUCCGCAAGAUGAAAUCACAUCGUCAUCUUUCAAAAUGGACAUUCAGCGGGCGUCGUCGGAGAAUGGCCCAAUCUGUUGCUACCAGAUCAUCGUGGUACCCAUGACAUCAGAAGAGACCCUUGACACGCUCAGGUCCAUUGGUCUCAGAGAGAACACAGUACUGACCAGUGAAACUACCGACAUAGCCGCUGGACGUCGUGAUUUACCUUAUGUAGCAGAUGCAUUCUCAAGUGAAGAGUUUAGCAGCUCGAUAACAGUAGGUAACGAACAACGUUGUGAAAAUGACUGCUGCAACAUCGGGCCAACAGGUCACCCAGACGGCAAUGUGUACAACAAGGCCCUGAGGCCAAACACCAUGUACACAGUGACAGUCCGGGCAUUCAGUGUGUGUUCAAACGGAAGACGGAAGAGACAGGCAGCAUCUGCGGGAUCGGAUACGUUCACCUCCAGUGAAUUCAUAGAACCACAGCAGACAGAAUCUGGUGGUGGUGGUCCGGAACCUGUUACCAGUGUUGCUGGCCCGGUGGUGGGAGGUAUCGUUGGUGUGGUUGCUGUAGCGGCCAUAGUAGCAGGCGUCAUCAUUGGAAGGAGAAAGUGCCCCUUACUAAGGAAGAGAGAUUCUAUGGGUGGAUCAUCAUCGUCUUCUGGUGUACGUGGAAUUGACAACCUGGCUCAGCUGGAAAACCUGGCCCCAGAUGAGGACCCGGAUCAUGCAAAACCUCCCGUCGCGCCAAGAAAACCAGAACCCAAAAGGCAUGGAGCGGCUGCUGCCAAAGCUACAGCGGCCUCAGCGUCUGUUCGAGACUACAAACAACCUGUUCCUGUCGAGUGCCUGGAGCACGAGUUUAACAGGAGACACGCAAACGACGACCAACUGUUCACUGAGGAAUAUAAGGCACUUCCAGACAAUCUCGGGAUGGCGCACGCUAAAGCGUAUUUAAAGAAAGCAAACGGAGAGAAGAACAGAUUCAAGAACGUGAUCGCCUAUGACAAUAACAGAGUGGUGCUCACUCCUGUUGAGGGAGAUCCCGACUCGGACUACAUCCACGCGUCUUACAUUGAUGGCUACAAAGAGGAGAGGAAGUUCAUUGCAGCUCAGGGUCCCAAACCAAACACUGUUCACGACUUUUGGCGGAUGAUGUGGGAGACCGGAUCUACCGUCAUCGUUAUGGUUACAAACUUGGAAGAAAAGGGCAAGAUUAAAUGUACCAAGUACUGGCCUGACUCCGGGGAUGAAGUGUACGGCCAGAUCAGCGUGACUUUGGCGGAGACUAUCCCGAUGGUCUACUACGUCUCCAGGGUCUUUCUAGUGUCAAAGGGAGAGGAAAAGAAACGGAAGAUCACACAGUUCCAGUUUUUGGGGUGGCCCGACUUUGGAGCCCCGAGGAACCCCGCCGAGCUGCUCAAGUUCCACCAGAAGGUCAUGACCUCCAUCACGUCACGUGAACGCCCCAUCGUUGUCCACUGCAGUGCUGGUGUUGGCCGUACGGGAACGUUCAUCACUAUGGACACCAUGUUGGAAAUGAUGGCGGAGGAGGGGAAGGUGGAUGUGUUCGGGUUUGUGUCGAAGACUCGACAGAGCCGGAGUCAGAUGGUGCAGGCCGAGGCCCAGUACAUUUUCAUCUACCGCGCCCUCCUGGAGCAGUAUCUGUACGGGGACACGGAGGUGGAGGUAGCCAGCAUCCACCGGCAUCUUCAGAACCUCAAGAGCGAGGAUGAAGACUCUCAUAAGACUGGUCUCGAGAUGGAGUUUGAGAAGCUCACCAGUAUUCCGAUCGACAAGGCUAACAUGCGCAACGGCAACCUGCCUGAAAACAUCUCCAAGAACAGGUUGCUCCAGGUCCUACCAUACGACACAUCUCGAGUUUUCUUGCUGCACAAGACAGGAGUGACAGGAUCAGACUAUAUCAACGCGUCCUUUAUCGACGGUUACCGUGAGAAGGACGCGUACAUCGCCACGCAGGGCCCGCUGGACCGGACUGUGGAGGACUUCUGGAGGAUGGUGUGGGAGUGGAACUCCUGCUCUAUCGUCAUGCUGACGGAAUUACAGGAGAAACAACGGAGUACAUGUGCACGGUACUGGCCAACGGAGGGGUCCAAGACAUACGGGGACCUCACGGUCAGGCUGGACGACACGGGCGAGUUUGGGGACUUCACGCGCCGUACAUUCUCAUUGGAGGAUGGAAAGGGUGAAAAGAGUCGCACUAUUCACCAGUUUCACUUCCACGCAUGGCCGCAGUACGGCGCUCCUGACAACGCUGCCGGAAUCAUCGACCUGAUUGGUCAGGUUCAAAAGCAACAGCAACUGUCUGGCAACGGACCAAUCACCGUACACUGCAGUUCUGGCGCAGGCCGCACGGGGACGUUCUGCGCCAUCAGCACAGUUCUGGAGCAGGUGAAAACAGAGGGAACCUGUGACGUCUUUCAGACUGUCAAGGCUUUGAGACAGCAGCGACCCCACAUGGUGCAGACCAUUGACCAGUACCAGUUCUGUUACCAGGCAAUUGUGGAGUACCUGGACAGUUUUGACCACUACUCAAACUUUUCCUAGAUAGUGUGUGUAAUAUAGACUUCACUGACUAUAUACAAUGCACUCAGCAAAAUUGUUACAAAUUUUGCUAUGCUUGAGGUUCACUUGUGCUGGGUAGGACCUAUUAGGCCAUGUUGAUUUGAUUAUAUGGAUGACAUCCUCUGGGAACCCCAAAACUGAUGCAAGCGCGCGAAUGAAAAAAAAAAGUUU